AUGACGACGACGUCGUUGGCCGCGGGCGCCGUCGCGGUCCCGCGCGCGAUGCGCGUUGGCGCUCGCGUGAGUCGACGCCGGUCGAUCGCGCGGCGCCGAACACUCACCACCCCGCGCGCCGGCUUCCUCGACGACAUGGGCGUCGGGGACCUCGGGACCUCAUCCCCGUCGUCCUCCGCGCCGGUGGAGCUGGCGAACUCGAUCGGGAGCGCCGUCGGUCGCACGUACACCGAGCUCUUCCCGGACCUGCCCUCCGAGGUUCUCGGCGUGAGCGUCCCGGACACCGCCAGGGCCCUCGCGGACGCCGCCAGACCCGCCACUGAUGCCGCGUUCCAAACCUUACCCGACGACGCAAAGUCGGGCCUGUCCGAUUGGUGGCAGAGGGAGGUGGACAGCGGGUUCACGCUCGUCACCGGCAACGCCGAGUACGAGCUCGCGCUCGCGCUUCUCGUGUUCCUGUGGGCCACGGGCAGGCCCGGCGUGUUCGGCGGGGCGUUCGAUGCCUACUUCGCCAACGCGUUCGACGCGGUGCUGCUGAACAAAAAGUUCGACAAGGAUUCAAUCAAGAUAAGGGGCAAGCUCGGGGACGGUUCGUUCGGGUCCGUGUCGUACGCGGAGGACACGGACACGGGCAGGGAGCUCGUGGUCAAGCAGGCGAAGAGCGUGCAGGGCGCCGCGCAGCUCCAGAACGCGGAGGAGUACAUGAACAGGAGGGUGCGCCGCGCGCCGCUUGUGGCGUCGGGUUGCGCCAAGUACCUGGGCUCUUACGAGGUCGUCGAGGGCGCGUCUUCGCCGACGCUGGUGUGGGCGUUCGAGGGUGACGUGACGCUCGAGGAGCUCAUCGUCCGACGGGAUUUCCCCGAGUGCGUGGAGGAGCUGCUGUACGGCGGGGCUCAGGGCGGGGACGACUACGCCAAACGCACGAGCAAGGUUGCCAAAUCCGUGCUGAGGAACCUGCUGUCCACGCUGGCUGGUCUGCACGACAUUGGCAUCGUGCACAGGGACGUCAAGCCCGCUAACCUGGUGUUCAUGGGGCGCAAAUUCAAGCUCGUGGACUUUGGUGCCGCGGCUGAUCUCAGGACGGGCAAAAACUACGAGCCAGAGCAGGGUCUGCUGGAUCCGUUUUACUCCCCGCCGGAGAAUUUCAUCAUGCCGGAGAGGAUCCCGGCGCCGCCACCGCUGCGACCGCUGACCGCGUCGCUGUCGCCCCUGGUGUGGGGUACGUUCCUCCCCGACCUUUUCGACUCGUUCUCCGCGGGCCUGGUAUUUCUGCAGAUGUGCGUGCCCCAGCUGAGGGGGCGCAAGGUGAUGGACCCCAACGGGUCGUUCCGUCGACUCCUCGAGGAGAACAACUACGACCUGAGGAAGUGGAGGAAGGUGGUGGAGCCGCAGGGCUGGGAUUUCUCGGCUCUGGACGCGAACCUCGGGCUGGGAUGGGACCUCGCGUGCAGGUUGGUUUGCAAGCGGAACUUCCUGCAGCGCGGCAGGCUGGGGUGCAACACAGCACUGCUCCACCCGUUCUUCUGGACGCCAUAAUGA